AUGUCUAGUGAUGGUCGAAAACCGUGGCGUUUAAGCUGGAAGAGUUUUAUCAUAGUUUUUAUCUGGAUUGACGACAACUUAUUCGUCGAUUUUGUCAUAUCUAUCUAUCUAUCUAUCUAUCUAUCUAUCUAUCUAUCUAUCUAUCUCACUCUGUUCAUAUCUAUCUAUCUAUCUCACUCUGUUCAUAUCUAUCUAUCUAUCUAUCUAUCUAUCUAUCUAUCUAUCUCAGGAAGAAAACAAUCUACUCACUCUGUUCAUAUCUGUCUAUCUUAUUCUGUUAAUGCUUGUCGCUGUUUCAAUCUGUUGUUUUUCUAUCUAUCUAUCUAUCUAUCUAUCUAUCUAUCUAUCUAUCUAUCUAUCUAUCUAUCUCUGUUCAUAUCUGUCUAUCUUAUUCUGUUAAUGCUUGUCGCUGUCUCAAUCUGUUCUUUUUCUAUCUAUCUAUCUAUCUAUCUAUCUAUCUAUCUAUCUAUCUAUCUAUCUAUCUAUCUAUCUAUCUCAGUCUGUUUCUAUCUAUCUAUCUAUUUAUCUAUCUAUCUAUCUAUCUCAGUCUGUUCAUAUCUAUCUAUCUAUCUAUCUAUCUAUCUAUCUAUCUAUCUAUCUAUCUAUCUUUAA